AUGACCAAUUUAUCCAAACUUUUACGUCAAGAACUAGAAGAAAAGUAUAUAAUCCAUUACGGUGAUGUACAGCUGGACAGAAAGGCUAAAGAUCAUACCAGAAAAUUUCUUAUUGGAUUCAAUACUAAGCAGGACCCUGGCGCCAUUGUUGAAACUGUGAUUAUACCCGAAAAACAUCGAUCUACUUUAUGUAUCUCUUCACAAAUUGGUUGCUCUUUGAAAUGUAGUUUUUGUCAUACUGGUACUCAAAAGCUUGUACGGAAUUUGACAGCUGGAGAAGUGAUAGGUCAAUACAUGAUUGCUGCUCAACGAUCUGGUGACUUUCCUAUACAAGACAAUUCGAAACGUGUACUAAGCAAUAUGGUAUUUAUGGGUCAAGGAGAACCAUUAUACAAUUGGAGAACUACAAGUAAGGCGAUCAAGAUAUUGACAAAUUCGGAAGGAUUGGCAUAUCCAAAAUCCAAAAUAGUUGUCAGUACGUCUGGUGUUGCACCAUUGAUUCCAAAACUGGCAAGUGAACUUGGUGUCUCAUUGGCUAUCUCACUUCAUGCUACCAAUAAUGAUUUACGUGAUGAAUUAGUUCCUCUGAAUAAAACGUAUCCAUUGGAAAUGGUAUUAGAUGCUUGUCGACAAUAUAGUCAAGUGAUGGGAAAUAAAGGUAGAAGAAUUACCUUUGAGUAA